AUGCACGCCCACAAGACUGCACAGACGGACAGGCAGGCGUUGGCCGCCACGACGCCGUUGGACAACAAGACUGGCCACUGGUGGAAGGAUCGCGGAUUGCUGAAACUCAACCUGCUUCUCUUUAUCCCGUUGAUGUCGGAGUAUGUCCAGGGCUAUGACGCAAGUUUGAUCAACAACGUCCAGCAACUGGAGACUUGGCAGAAUGAAUUCAAUCAUCCCCAGGGCAGCCUGCUGGGAAUUUUGAGUGCGUCAUACUGGAUCGGUAACAUCCUUGGAGUUUUCUUCAUCACUGCCUUCUCCGACGGAUUUGGUCGGCGAACAGCAAUGUUGCUGGGAUCGUUGAUCUGCAUUGUCGGAACCGCCCUUACCACCGGAUCUAUCAACGCGGGCAUGUUCAUAGCCGGCCGUCUCCUACUUGGAAUAGGAGGGGUGAUAGUCGGAGCUAUCGGACCUGUGCUUAUGGCCGAGCUGGCCUACCCCAGCCAUCGUGCUACAGCAACGGCCAUGUCCAACACUCAGUACAGUACGGGCGCAAUUGUAGCAUCGUGGAUUACCUUUGGCAGCUUCCGGAUGAGCAGCACAUGGUCAUGGCGGGUUCCAUCAAUCUUUCAGGCGCUCCCAUCCAUAUUCCAAGCGGUGGGUAUACUCUUCCUCCCCGAGUCUCCGAGAUGGCUGGUCAGCAAAGGCCGCCACGAAAAGGCGCUGCAGAUCCUUGCGCAUUAUCAUGCGAACGGCGACCGCGAGGACGCAGUGGUGCAGUACGAAUUCAACGAAAUAUGCACGACGAUCGAGAUGGAGAUCGCAGCGAAGCAAACCAAGUGGAGCGAGCUUUGGCGCACGCCGGGUAACCGAUGGCGUAGCUUCAUCAUGAUCUGGUGCGGCAUCUGCAAGCAGUGGUCUGGCAAUGGGCUCGUCAGCUACUACCUGCACUCGAUGCUCAACUCGGCGGGCAUCAAGACGGAGUUGCAGCAGACGUUGAUCACGGCGACGAGUCAGAUGUUCAGUCUGGCGUGCAGCGUUGCGUUUGCGUUUCUGCCCGAGCGGGUGGGGCGCAGGCCGCUUUUGCUACUGAGCAUGGCGCUCAUGUGGCUGGUCUUCACGCUGAUCACCAUCUGCACUGGAUUGUUCGUUGAGAAAGGCCCGACCUGGUCGGGAUCCAAGUCGGCAUCGUAUGCAUCUGUUGCAUUCAUCUAUCUGUACAGCGGGGUGCACAACCUGGGUUGGACGGGGGCAAUGAUGGUGUAUGUGGUAGAGGUGCUGCCCUACACGCUCAGAGCCAAGGGCAUCGCGCUGUUCUGGUUGCUCACAGGAGCAGCGGGGGCGUUCAACACUUACGUGAAUCCGCUGGGACUGGAGGCAUUCGACUGGAAGUUCUACUGGUUCUACGUGGCGUGGAUUGCGGUCGAGUUUGCCGUCGUGUACAUGUUUUUCAUUGAGACAAAGGGCCCGAGUCUGGAGGCGGUGGCCAUGCUGUUUGACGGCAAGGACGCGACGGUGGGCAAGGUCAACAAGGUGGUGGGAGCGGUCAAGGAGGACGAAGGCGGCGUAGAGCACGUGGAGAUGGUGGAGGAGAACAAGUAG